GCGCCGAGAGGAACUGGCACCACGGCCCAGCGGAGGGAGAAGCCUUCUCGCCCGGCGCGCCACCGGCGUGCUCUCCCGGCGGCGCCCGGACGCAAAGCAUCGUCCUUCCAGACCGACAGCGCAAGAUUUUCGUCACAUAUUCUUUGGACAACGACGCCCACAUCGGCAAGGUCAUCUCCUUCGUGACCUGGCUCCGUAAAAAUGGAUUCUACACAGAGAUGGACAUGUUCGACACGCUGCUGCAAGGCAUGAGUAAGAUCGAGUGGAUGGACCGCUUUCUGGACGACAAGGACUACCUGAUCGUGGUGAUAAUCAGCCCCAAAUACAAGCGAGACACAGAGACUCCGGCUGGCAGUGACGAGCACGGAUUGCACACACACUACAUUCACCAGCAGAUGAAGAACGAGUACAUUCAGAACGGGAGCAAGAACUUCCGCUUGGUGCCCGUGCUGUUUCCCGGGGCGACCAAGGGGCACGUGCCGAGCUGGCUGAACAACACCAUCGUGUACCCGUGGCCCGGCAAGCAGGAGGACCUGAUGCUCCGCCUGUGUCGCCGCGAGAAGUACGAGAUCCCUCCGCCGGGGCCUCUGCCCGUCAUCGUCGCACAGCCCUUCGGCUCCAAGUAGCGAGGAGUGACCUAACCCCCAACUACCACCUCAUUGGCGCGAAGGCACUGCCGCUAGAGUGCGCCCUGCCGGAAUAAUCCUCCUGUCGCUUUCGUCGUCGUCGGAACGAGCGUCGGAUCGAGCGUCGGAUCUUAGAAUUGUUCUCUUUUGUUGUAAUGUUUUCACAUCGCCGUUGCUAAUCGCAGGCCCAGGACGACUCUGACCAGGGCUUUUACGUUUCUCGCUCGAUAUUUUCCGGGUCGCUUUGUAGACUUUGGGAGUAGGUUGGCACGUGACCGGCAGGAGCCACAGGCAAAGAGGCGAGAGGGGUAUUAUACUGGAUGUGGUGUGCCGGGUGCGGACCCGAGGAGGAGACCCGACUGAUAUUAAUGAAGCCCUGCUUAAUAAAGCAAAGUGGCCAGUAACUAAGAGCAGUAACUAAGAGCAAUAUUCAUAGCGUAGAGCAGAUGAGAACCAUAACGUAUCUUGAACCGGGCAAGGUUGUAGCUAUCUGGAGUAAGAGACGAUGAUGGGAGGAGGAACUUCCCGAGUGGAGCGGUGCGAGGGACGAAGCAGAACGAGAGGUGAGGUGACCUGCAGUGUGGUGAGUGGGCAGGGGGGUGAGUGGGUGUUGUCGUGACCUGCAGUGUGGUGGUUGGUGGUUUUACGCAGUCUCGAGAUGACCUAAUGAUCAGUCUGGUGGACAUGGGUCCUCAACACGACACGAGGAAUCUACGACUAUAAUCCGUCGUAUUAAAAGGGUUACAAAAAUCUGGCCCGGUUGUCGACCUCUGGUGGGGGGGGGGGGGGGGGGGGUGGGGGCAUCUCAUCGGCAGAGUUUGGCUUAUUAAACGAACACUGCUGGGAUGCCACCAGUUGUUGUUGGCAGGAGCACUCCGUCUAAACAACGUAUGCACGUUGAACUUCAGGUAGGUGCGGGCGAAAGGACAACAAGCUGAUCACGACAAGCAGUUCUAAACAAAUUCGUUUUCAAUCUCGAUUAUUUCUAAGCGCAUGGCUCCCAAUGGCUUCCUAAUGUCGGAAGGAAGAGCA